AGUUCAGUGUUUGGGGUGAACACUUGGCAGCCGCUGACGUGAAGACCUUCAGCCUUGAACAUGUACGGCCCUCCAGUAGAUAUGUCGUUUAUAAACCUCUCCAGUGUUACAGGUGCGCUGUGUGCUCAACCCCGAGUUGGCCUGCGUCCUUUAAGGAGAAACUCGAAGGGGAAGUACCUGAGCCACGCUUUCCGUCUCAAUAACAACAACAUCAGUGACGUUGUGGGCCUCGAGUACACCUUGGAUCACUUUCUGGCACGACCAUCAAAACUCGGCUGGCUGGACCUGUCCUUUAACAAACUCACACUGAUAGAUCCAGCUUUGUGUCAGCUGCAUGAACUGCGUGUGUUGUACCUUCAUGGCAACAGCAUCUGUGACCUGUCACAAACAGACAAGCUGGGAGAGCUGCAGUACUUGCACACCAUCACGCUACAUGGAAAUGUCAUAGAAUUCGAGAGAGGCUACAGGCAACAUGUGAUCGCUGUCCUGCCUCACUUGAAGAAGAUGGAUUUCAGUGCUGUGACACACGAGCAGCGAGCCUUGGCAAAUAUUUGGGGUCACUGCACCAAACGUGGCAAAAAAGACCAGAUCCCAGAGACUGUAACCCCCUGCAGUCAUGAACAUUAAAAACUUGCAUUCAUUCAUUGAUAAUGUCAGUAAAGUUU